CCCCAGCUAGUCGUUCGCGGUAUAAGCACGCGGCCGGACGCAUGCGAUAAUACAAAUUUAAAGUAGUUGUAUCAAAACAAGACCAUGAAACACGUUGAAAUUGUCUUCGCGUCUAUAGUUUUACUAGUACAAAAUGUUUCUUCACUUAACAUACUAGCUAUAUUUCCCUACCAAGGCAAAAGCCAUUUUUUUGUGCACCGUGUUUAUAUACAAGAGUUAGUUAAUCGGGGCCACAAUGUAACUGUAAUAUCCCACUUCCCAGAAAAAAAUCCGCCGCAUAAUUAUAACGAUGUCAGUCUAGCAGGAAGUAUUAAAAUUUUAGAAGACGAUAUGCCCUUCCAAAAAUCCUACCUAACAGUGAUUGGGGCCGGAAUAUUUCUUACAACCUCUGGAAAACAAAACUGUGAAGUGAUGUUAGCAAAUAAAAAUGUGCAAAAUCUUAUGAAACAAAAACCUAAAUUCGAUGUUGCUAUUGUGGAACAAUUUAAUAGUGACUGUGGAUUGGGCAUUGCAUACAAAUUGGGUGCUCCCGUAGUUGGAAUAACAUCUCACAUUCUGAUGCCAUGGUCUUACAACAGAUUCGGCAUACCUUACCAUCCUGCGUAUGUUUCCUUCCACUUUUUAGAAGGGGGUACUAAACCCACACUCUACCAGCGAGUUGAGAGAACUAUUUUUGACUUCUAUUUCAAAACACUCUUUUAUUUUGUAUCGCAACGAAGCAAUCAACAAGAACUUGCUAAAUAUUUUGAUGACAUACCGCCUUUGGAGGAACUCGCCCGCGAUAUCAAAGUUCUACUACUAUAUCACAAUUUUGUACUCACUGGUUCAAAAUUAUUCCCAGCAAACGUUAUUGAAGUCGGUGGCUAUCAUGUGUCUGAAUCGAAACCGCUGACUGAUAAAUUACGCAAAUUCGUAGAAGAAGCUGAGCAUGGUGUCGUAUACAUAAGCUUUGGGUCAGUCAUAAAAAGCUCUACAAUGCCGGAUGAUAAACUCCAAGCAAUUUUAGGGGCUAUUUCGGAAAUGCCUCAAAGAUUUAUUUGGAAAUGGGAGAGCAAAUUAAAAUUAUUAGACGAAAAUAAACUCUACCUCGCUGAAUGGUUGCCACAGGUUGACAUUUUAGGUCACCCAAAGACGUUAGGGUUCUUAUCCCACGCUGGUAUGGGUGGCACAACAGAAGCUAUACACUUUGGAGUACCAAUAGUCGCAAUGCCUGUUGUUGGAGACCAACCAUCGAAUGCUGCUGCUAUCGAAGAAAGUGGUCUAGGAGUGCAACUGCAAAUAAGUGACUUGACGAAAGAAAACUUAGUUAAAGCGUUUAGAACAAUUCUGGAUCCUCGAUUCAGAGAAAAUGUUAAGCGUGUGUCGAAAGCGUGGCACGAUCGCCCCAUGUCACCUCUGGAUACCGCAGUUUACUGGACAGAAUUUGUGGCUCGCCAUCCUAACGCUACGUAUAGAACUGCGGCUGUUAGUGUUCCUCUGUACCAAUAUUGGUGUCUUGACAUUAUAAGUGUAUUUUCUACAACACUUAUAAUCGCCUAUUACCUAAUAAGUCUGAUCAAGAGAUUAGUGUGCAAGAAAAAUAAUAAAAAACUGAAGCAGACAUCAACGAAAGAAAACAAAAGGAGAUCAAAACGUGACUAAUUUACGAAAGAAUCUCAUUAUUUACAAUUUGUUUUGUGAAAAUUGUAGUGAUAAAUGAAAAUUAAUAUAGGUAAUUUAAACUAUAACUAAAUAAAAUUAUCACGUUUCUUA